AUGCAACUCCUAACUACUCUUUCUUUCCUACUAUUCUUGACACCUGCAGCCCUUUCCUCCAAACUAACAAUAACAAUCCCACCUUCACAGGCGCUUCCAAAUCCUCACUCUCUCCCCGCUGAUACUCAUGCGACACUCACCUCGAUAAAUCUCGUGAAUUCGCUAAAAGCCUCCCUCACUCGCUCUGCGAGGUUUGUUUUUACCGACUUUGCUGUAGCCGAGCACAAGGCCUCCCAGCAAGACGAUAUCUCCGGCUCAUACCUGCUCGACAUCCGAUCCUCGGAAUAUGUCUUUACACCGCUGAGGGUUGACCUUGAUGAGAGGGGCGAGGUGAUGGGUGUCUGGGAGACGUUUCGUGGGAAUGAGUGGGGGAACCGCGGGGCUGAGAAGUAUGCUAGGCCUGCUGGCGGGAAAGCUGGUGGUGGAAAUGGAGACGAGGAGGUCGUUGUUGAUAUGAGGGCUAUCGGGAGGAAAGGCUUCUAUGAGGUCCGGCAGACUUUCUCGCCGCUGUCGCUCUUCAAGAACCCCAUGAUUCUGCUUGCGCUCGUGGCGCUGGGUUUCACCGUUGGAAUGCCCAAGCUCAUGGAGAAUAUGGACCCGGAACUGCGCGAGGAGUUUGAGAAACAGUCUCGCGCGUCGCCGAUCUCUGGUGCUCAGAGUGCUAUGGCAGGUGGUGGCCCUGCAAACUUCGAUCUUGCGGGAUGGAUGGCUGGAGCUGCGCCACGGGGACAACCGGCUCCUGUGGCUGAAUCUGGGAGUGCUGGUGCCGCCAGUGGGAAGGAGAAUAGAGCGGGAGCGAGAAGAAGAUGA